AUGCAGUUCCUCCUUCUUCUUCCUCUUCUUGCCAGCACUGGCCUUGCUAGCGCUGCUGUGUUUGGCUCACCGGUCACACACGUCAAGCGCGACAGCUGGGGAGGCAGUGUUUCGCUCGGCCCGACCAAGUCGACCAUCAUCAACGCAGUCACCACUCUCAUCCCCGGUACUGCGCCUUCCACCCAGAAUGGUGAGCUGUUCCUGUGGCCUGGGAUGUCCAACGGCACUGGCGACUUGGUCCAGACCACUCUAGAGAGUUGGCCCGACAACUCCUGGUGUGGUGCCACCACUGGUCAGUGGUGUGUCCGCGCUAGUGUGUUCGGAUAUUUCGGCCAGCUGGACGGCACCGCAAGCCCUGUCAGUGGUACCGACAAAGUGCGCAUUGAAUACAAUCUGGAGAGUGACGGGCAGACUUGGAAGCAGACCGUCACCAACGCCGAGACCGGUGCCCUCCUUUCCACUUACUCGCGCGCCUCUGGCCCAUACAUGACCGGCUAUGGUACCGGCACCGAGUGUGACAACAGCUGCACCGGCACUAUUGCCCCCCAACAGUACCUCGACACCACCAUCACCCUGGCUUCUGCCGACACCACUUUCGGCAGCACCAUUUCCACUGCUCAGAGUGCCACCUACUCAGGACUGGAAUCAAGCGAGGGUGGCAAGGUGUGGAAGAUUGCUACCAUCAACAUCCUUUCCAUGUCCUAG